AUGUACGUGAGCUACCUCCUGGACAAGGACGUGAGCAUGUACCCUAGCUCCGUGCGCCACUCAGGCGGCCUCAACCUGGCGCCACAGAACUUCGUCAGCCCCCCGCAGUACCCGGACUACGGCGGUUACCACGUGGCGGCUGCGGCUGCGGCGGCCGCGAACUUGGACAGCGCGCAGUCCCCCGGGCCGUCCUGGCCGGCUGCGUACGGCGCCCCGCUUCGAGAGGACUGGAAUGGCUACGCUCCGGGGGGCGCAGCGGCCGCCGCCAACGCCGUCGCGCACGGCCUCAACGGGGGCUCCCCGGCCGCCGCCAUGGGCUACAGCAGCCCCGCGGACUACCACCCGCACCACCACCCGCACCACCACCCGCACCACCCCGCCGCCGCGCCUUCCUGCGCCUCGGGGCUGCUGCAGACGCUCAAUCCCGGCCCCCCGGGGCCGGCCGCCACCGCCGCCGCAGAGCAGCUGUCCCCCGGAGGCCAGCGGCGGAACCUGUGCGAGUGGAUGCGGAAGCCGGCGCAGCCGUCCCUCGGAAGCCAAGUGAAAACCAGGACGAAAGACAAAUACCGAGUGGUGUACACGGACCACCAGCGGCUGGAGCUGGAGAAGGAGUUUCACUACAGCCGCUACAUCACCAUCCGGAGGAAGGCCGAGCUGGCUGCCACGCUGGGGCUCUCAGAGAGGCAGGUUAAAAUUUGGUUUCAGAACCGCAGAGCGAAGGAAAGGAAAAUCAACAAGAAGAAGUUGCAGCAGCAGCAGCAACAGCAGCAGCAGCAGCCGCCUCCGCCGCCUCCGCCACAGCCUCCCCAGCCUCAGCCAGGUCCUCUGAGAAGUGUCCAGGAGCCCUUGAGUCCUGUGUCUUCCCUGCAAGGCUCAGUGCCGGGUUCUGUCCCGGGGGUUCUGGGGCCAACUGGGGGGGUGUUAAACCCCACUGUCACCUAG